UUUCCUCUCAAUAAAAGGGGUGCUUAAUUUGCAGUUCAUCAAGUAGUAUUAAGUAGUACUGGAAUAUUGCUCGUUUCAUCAUCCAUGGCUGGUGCGGAACAACAAUUCAAGGCCGCUAUGUUUGUUAUUGGGCUGCUGCUACUUGCAACGCUUGAUUAUACAGGGGCUCAAACAGGCGUUUGCUAUGGAAGGCUUGGGAGUAAUCUUCCAUCUCCAGCAGAUGUUGUAGCCCUUUGCAACCAGAACAACAUCAAAAGAAUGCGAAUCUACGAUCCUGAUCAAUCCACUCUUCAAGCCCUAGGAGGUUCAAAUAUCGAAGUCAUUCUUGGGGUUCCCAACACUGCUCUUCAGAACGUUGCUGCAAGCCAAGAUAAUGCAAAUACUUGGGUUCAAAACAAUGUAAGGAAUUAUCCCAAUGUCAAAUUCAGGUACAUCGCAGUUGGAAAUGAAGUCAGCCCAAUAAAGGGCGACACAGCUCAAUACGCAAACUUUGUUCUCCCUGCCAUCCAAAACAUCUUCAACGCAAUUUCUGCGGCAGGGCUAGGCAUCAAAGUUUCCACUGCUGUUGAAACUGAACUUGUUGGAAAUAAUUUUCCUCCAUCAGCUGGCACUUUCAAACCUGAAGUCCAAAAUUUUAUCAAUCCCAUUGUUCAGUUCUUAGCUAGCAAAGGCACCCCAUUACUCGUUAACGUGUAUCCAUACUUUGCCUACAUAUACAAUUCCCAGAACAUAGCUCUUGAAUAUGCUCUUUUUACAUCUUCGGGCAUUACCACACCAGAUGGUGUGAAAUAUCAAAAUCUUCUUGAUGCUCUCUUGGAUGCAACAUAUUCAGCGCUCGAAAGGGCCGGAGGCCAAUCUGUCGAAAUUGUUGUAUCAGAGACUGGUUGGCCAUCAGAUGGAGGACAAGCGACAUCAAUAGACAAUGCCAGGACUUACAACACUAACCUGAUUCGGCAUGUCAAUGGGAAUUCUGGAACCCCAAAAAGGCCUGGAAGAGCUAUUGAGACUUACAUUUUUGAUUUGUUUGAUGAAGAUCAAAAGAGUCCAGACUCUGAGAAGCAUUUUGGGCUCUUUCUUCCAAAUAGGCAGCCAAAGUACCCAAUCAGCUUCUAACUAGAUUGAGAAAUUAGCUAGUGUAUAACAAGAAUAAGAAUAAGAAUCCAUAGGCUCCACAUGUUAUCCCUUGCUUAUAUAGAUAGAUUGUCAUCUCAAGUGGGGAUUGCUCUAAAAUUCUAGCCUUGGCAACCUAUAUAUUGAUAAAUAAAAAUGUUUUGCUGCUGGAGCAAUUUAUUCUUA